AUGAAGUGGACGCAUCCUCCAAGUAAAAGUGGUGUACAUCGCUUCGCAUGCUUAUCUCUAUACCGAGCACUUCUGCGACAAUCCUCCAAAUUACCCCAAACAAAUGUCGAAGCCGAAAGCAUCAGACAACUGGUCAGGUCGAGAUUUGACCGAUACAAAGAGUUAUGCAGUCCAACAAAAACAAUCCAUAGUCUUCAAGCAGGAUACGAGGCAUUAGAUUUGUUUUACUCGGCAGCCCGGGGAAGCAAAGACUCCCUCACUCAGAUUAACCAGUACCUCCAAAAACUAGAAGCACGGAAACUUGUACUUGAGUCUAAGAAACACGAAAAGCUUUCUAAAGAUGUUGGGCUAGUCACCCUUGGUCGGCACCAAAAAAGACGAGCGCAGAAUAUCGAAUACGCCCGUCAAACAAAGCUACCACAUCCAAACGUUGAGCCGAUAUUGUCACGACCACGGCCUAUUAUUACUGGGCGACGAAGAGUACCUGUUUUUGUCUGUGCACGUGGCAUUCCUUUCUUGCGAAUCAAGAAACCACAACCAGAGAGCCUCAGCCGAGUCAUUCGACAGAAGCUUGCACAGAGAGAUAAACUGACAGGCCGGCGUGCUAGACUCUAUGCAGAUCUAUUAUUUGCUUCAGAUGAAGAAAAUUGGGACCGAUAUCUGCAGGACAGAGAUCCCGUUUUAUGGAAGAAGUAUGACAAACAACCAACGUGGAUAAAAGGCACAUGGGCACAAGAUGUGUGGAGAGCCUAUGAAAAGUCGGUCAAUGACAAUCGAAACUACGAACAAAGACACCAAGAUACUGCAGAAGCGAUGUGGAAAGUUGUUCUUGCUGAGCGGGAAUUAGCAGAGAAAGAGGAAGCGCAGAGAAAAGCACAAGUCGUGGAAUCAAAUCCAGACCCAAUUCUUUCCAAUCAAAAACAUUGA